UGAAAGGUUUGUUUACAAAUAUCAUUGAAAUUGGAAGCGAAAUGAAUUCCUCGGGAGAACUUCAUCCAAAUUGGUUGGCCCUGACCACACUUCCCCUCCAGUUAAAGCGGUUUGUACGUGCCGGCGAGCCGGAUUGUGUCCAAGAGUCGUCAAAAGUUCGGAAACCGGAAAUCGAAGGCAUAACUGGAGCGGAUGCCCGAAAUUUCUACAAGGAGGUACUGGACACCCCGGCCACAAGUCAAUUAGCCUGCCCUACUAAACGAAAAGACCCUAAAAGAGUUCCAAGGAAACGCCAAGAACCUUUCAACAGAGGUCAACUCUUCCGCCUGGCCACCAAUAACAAUGUGGAGGAGCUAUCCCAAAUGGCCAUGUCUGCUGAGGAGGUCAACACACGCGAUGCGUUUGGCUGGACUGCACUAAUGAUGGCCGCCUGCGAAGGAGCUGCGGAUGUUGUAGCGUUUCUGCUUCAAAAAGGUGCGGAUGUCGAUCUCCAGGAUAAAUCUGGAAACACUGCUCUCAAACUGGCACAGAAAAAGGGCCAUUUCCAGACUGUUCAACUGCUGGAAGCUGCUUGCAUUCCCGAAGGGCUAUCCGAGGAAGAGGAGGAAUUACCUGAGGCCAUCAGACCAUUCUACUGUGAUAUUUGUAAAUUGGACCUCAAGGAGACUCCUUGGCCUGUUCACCAAACCUCCACCGUGCACCAGUUUAACCUUAAGUCACUUCCUCCGCACAAACUGCACAAAUUCAACAUUUCAGCGAAAAACAAAGGCCUCCAGCUCAUGGUAAAACAGGGCUGGGACCAGGAGCAUGGCUUGGGGCCCAGUCAAAAGGGUCGUCUCUAUCCGGUGAAGACAGUGCUGCGCAAGCAAAGAACUGGCCUGGGAAUCGAGCAGGCACCAGCGCGUGUUACCCAUUUUGGAGCUUUCGACUUGAAUGCUGUACGAAGAAGGGAUCCAAUAAGGGAGCAGAGAAGAACUCGCAGCGAUAUGCAGCGGGAGAAGGUGCGGGAAUGGAAACGAGAGCGACAUCUAAGAAGAGAAUUGAGCUAGUCCUAAAUAUUGGGAUUUAAAAGUUUAUAACCCUAUUCAGAUAAAAUUUUGUU